GCCGGGGCGCCGCGCCGAUCCCGAGCCCAGCCGAGCCGAGGCGAGCGGGCCGCAGACAUGGGGCCGAGGGCGGUGCGGACGGGGCGGCUGCUACCGCCGCUGCUGCUACUGCUGCUGCUGGGUCCUCUUCUCAGCGUGGUCCACAGUCGGACUGCAUAUGAUGGAUUAUCGCUGCCUGAAGAUGCAGAACAGGAGACGGCAGUGGUCCGGCCUCGAUGGAACUAUUCAGACCUCUCUGAUGACGAAGACCUGCUGGCUGAUGAAGCCUCUGGAGAUGACCUCGGCAGCGGGGACGUGGGAAGUGGAGACUUCCAGAUGGUCUACUUCCGGGCCAUGGUGAACUUCACACGCUCCAUUGACUACAGCCCUCGGCUAGAGGACGCAGGCUCACAGGAGUUCCGGGAUGUGUCUGAGGCAGUGGUGGAUACGCUGGAGUCUGAAUACCUGAAGAUCCCUGGAGACCAAGUUGUCAGCGUGGUGUUCAUCAAGGAGGUGGACGGCUGGGUGUUUGUGGAGCUCGAUGUGGGCUCGGAGGGGAAUACCGACGCCAGCCAGAUCCAAGAAGUGCUUUACUCGGUUGUUGCGAGUGGCUCCAUUGCUUCCUACAUCACCUCCACGGCUGGCUUCCAGUUCAGGCGCCUGGGAACAGUGACACCCCCCUCCCGGCUCUGCACGGACAAAGAAUUUGCCUGCCGGACCCACAAUGAGUGUAUAGCCCUUGAGUAUCGCUGUGAUCGGCGGCCAGACUGCAGGGACAUGUCUGAUGAGCUCGAUUGUGGUGAGGAGGAGUCCACUCUACCAGAAUCCACAGUACCACCUCCAAGAACCCCAGCCCCAACCAUGCCGCAGGUACCAUGGACAGCACCUGCCCUGGCCUACCUCCCAGCUGGCCCACCUGGCCCAGCUGGCCUACCCCAGCUCUGUGGACACCACGAAGCCUCAUGUGCCAGCGGGCAGUGCAUCCCUAAAAAUUAUUUCUGUGAUGGGCAAGAAGACUGUAUGGAUGGCAGUGAUGAGGAGAACUGUGAUCCCUCCUUGCCCUGUGAGCCCAAUGAGUUCCAAUGCAGGGACAGACGCUGUGCCCUCAAACUCUGGCGAUGUGAUGGGGACUUUGACUGUGAGGACCGGAGUGAUGAAGAAAACUGCCCCUCCAAGCUCCCAGGGGAGUUCUGUGCACCAACCGAGUUUCGCUGCGUCUCCACCAACACUUGCAUCCCGUCCAGCUUCCACUGUGAUGAUGAGAGUGACUGCCCAGACCGUUCAGACGAGUUCGGCUGCAUGCCCCCCCAGGUGGUGACCCCACCCCAGGAGUCAGUUCAAGUGUCCCGAGGCCAGACGGUGACCUUCACCUGUGUGGCCAUUGGUGUACCCACCCCCAUCAUUAACUGGAGGCUCAACUGGGGUCAUAUCCCCUCACACCCCAGGGUGAAAGUGACCAGCGAGGGUGGCCGGGGUACCCUGACCAUUCAGGACGUGAAGGAGGGUGACCAAGGAGCUUACACGUGUGAGGCCAUGAACUCGCGGGGCAUGGUGUUUGGCAUCCCAGACGGUGUCCUGGAGCUCAUCCCUCAGCGAGGUCCCUGCCCUGACGGGCAUUUCUACCAGGAGGACAGCGCCACGUGUCUGCCAUGCUUUUGCUUUGGCAUCACCAGCCUGUGCCAGAGCAGCAGCCGCUACCGAGAUGUGAUCCGGCUGCAAUUCGACAGACCCAGUGACUUCAAAGGGGUGAAUGUGACAAUGCCCGCCCAGCCUGGCAUGCCGCCCCUGUCCUCCACCCAGCUCCAGGUAGACCCCGAGCAGCAGGAGUUUCAGCUGGUCGACCUGUCCCGCCGCUUCCUCAUCCUCGAUUCCUUCUGGGCACUGCCCCAGCAGUUCCUUGGGAACAAGGUGGACUCCUACGGAGGCUUCCUCCGCUACAAAAUACGCUAUGAAGUGUCUCGGGGGUUCUUGGAGCCUGUGCAGAAGGCCGACGUGGUGCUUGUGGGGGGUGGACAUCGCCUCUUCUCAAGGGGCCACACACCCACCCAUCCGGGGGUUCUGAACCAGCGUCAAAUCCGGUUCACCGAGGAGCACUGGGUCCAUGAGUCGGGCCAGCCAGUGUCAAGGGCUGAGCUGCUGCAGACCCUGCAGAGCCUGGAGGGCCUGCUCAUCCAGACCGUGUACAACAACAAGAUGGCCAGCGUGGGCCUGAGCGACAUCGCCAUGGACAUCACAGCCAUCGGCCCCACCCCGCAUGGGCGCGUCCACAGCGUCGAGGAGUGCAGGUGUCCCAUCGGCUACUCAGGCCUGUCCUGCGAGAGCUGUGAUGCCCACUUCACCCGAGUGCCCACCGGGCCUUAUCUGGGCACCUGCUCUGGGUGUAACUGCCAUGGCCACUCCAGCUCCUGCGAUCCUGUGUAUGGCCACUGUCUGAACUGCCAACAUAACACAGAGGGACCGCAGUGUAACAAGUGCAAACCGGGGUUCUUUGGUGAUGCCACGCGUGGCAGUCCCACCGCCUGCCGGCCGUGCCCCUGCCCCUACAUCGAUGCCUCUCGAAGGUUCUCAGACACCUGUUUCCUGGACACGGAUGGCCAAGCCACGUGUGAUGCCUGUGCCCCUGGGUACACUGGGCGCCGCUGUGAGAGCUGUGCCCCUGGCUACGAAGGCAACCCUAUUCAACCCAAUGGCAAAUGCAAACCAAUCACCACCCAGGCUAUUGUGCGCUGUGAUGAUCGGGGCAGCACCGGCACCUCUGGAGAGUCCUGCCGCUGCAAGCCGAACGUGGUGGGCCGUCUAUGCAAUGAGUGCUCCGAUGGCACCUUCCACCUGAGCGCCAACAACCCAGACGGCUGCCUCAAGUGCUUCUGCAUGGGCGUGAGCCGUUACUGCACCAGCUCCUCCUGGAGCCGGGACCAGGUGCACGGGGCCUCCCAGGCUGGCGAUCACACCCAGUUCAGCCUGUCCAAGGCAGCAGGUGAUCACAGCACAAGUGAGGGCAUCUCUUCCCCCGCACCCGGGGAGCUGGCUUUCUCCGACUUCCACAGCCUGCUCCCUGGCCCCUACUUCUGGAACCUCCCCUCAAAGUUUCAAGGAGACAAGGUGACCUCCUACGGCGGAGAACUACAUUUCACUAUAACCCAGAGGCCGCAGCCAGGCUCCCCAUCCCUGCACGGGCAGCCGCUGGUCCUGCUUCAAGGCAAUGGCAUCUCUCUUGAGCACCACGCCCAGCAGGAGCCUGUGCCUGGCCAGCCCAGCACCUUCUCUGUGCCCUUCCGAGAGCAUGCCUGGCGCAGGGCAGACGGGCAGCCAGCCACUCGCGAGCACCUGCUCAUGGCCCUCGCAGGCAUUGAUGUGAUCAUGAUUCGAGCUUCCUUCACUGAGAACCAGGCAGAGAGCAGGCUCUCUGGACUGCGCAUGGAUGUAGCAGUGCCCCAGGUCACGGGGCUGGAGCAGGCUGUGGAGGUGGAGCAGUGUGUCUGCCCGCCUGGCUACCAAGGGCCAUCUUGCCAGUACUGUGACGUGGGAUACACUCGUACUUCCAGUGGCCUCUACCUGGGCACUUGUGAACUCUGUAGCUGCCACGGACACUCAGUGAUAUGCGACCCAGAGACCGGGGCUUGCCAGGGCUGCCAACACAACACAGAAGGUGCCAAGUGUGAACGUUGCCAGGCCGGCUACUACGGUGAUGCCCAGAGAGGUUCCCCUGAAGAUUGCAAGCCAUGCCCCUGCCACGGCUUACCCUCUAACAACCAGGGGAUCCACACUUGUUUCCUGGACACUGAUGGCAGUCCCACCUGCGAUGCCUGCUCCCCAGCACACAGUGGCCGCCACUGCGAGAGGUGUGCUCCUGGUUACCAUGGCAACCCCAGCCUGGGCCAGUCCUGCCGAAGUGAUGUCCCUGGCCCUGGCCCCGGCCCCAGCCCCAGCCCGGGCCCUGAUGGCUGUAGAUGUGACCCAGAAGGCAGCGUCAGCACCCAGUGUGAAGCCACAGGGGAGUGUCGUUGCAAGCCCAAGGUGGAGGGUCCUACCUGCAGCUAUUGCCGUCCUCACCACUUCUACCUGAGUGCCACCAACCCCGAAGGCUGCCUGCCCUGUUUCUGUAUGGGUGUCACUCAGCAGUGUGUCAGCUCCUCCUACACCCGCCACCUGAUCUCAAGCCCCUUUGCUCCUGGUGACUUCCAAGGUUUCACGCUGGUGAAUCGACAGCGAAGCAGCCGGGUGGCUGGUGGUUUCACAGUGGAGCCGAUGCCUGAGGGCAGCCAGCUCUCCUUCAGCAACUUUGCCCAACUGGGCCAUGAGUCAUUCUAUUGGCAGCUCCCCGAGCUUUACCAGGGAGACAAGGUGGACGCCUAUGGUGGGAAGCUCCGGUACAUUCUCUCCUACACAGCUGGAGCACAGGGCAGUCCUCUCUCCGAUCCUGAUGUGCAGAUCACGGGGAAUGACAUCACUCUAGUGGCCACCCAACCAGAGCUGCAAGGCCGUGAAAGGAAGAGCUUCGAAAUAGUGUUCAGAGAGCAAUUCUGGAGGAGGCUAGAUGGCCAGCCAGCCACUCGAGAGCACUUGCUGAUGGUUCUGGCCGACCUGGAUGAGAUCCUGGUCCGUGCCACCUUCUCCUCAGUCCCUCUGGCGGCCAGCAUUGGUGCCGUCAGCAUGGAGAGAGCCCUGCCUGGCCCUGGAACUGGACCCCGUGCCCUUGAAGUAGAAGAAUGCCGCUGCCCACCUGGCUACCGGGGCCUAUCCUGCCAGGACUGUGCCUCUGGCUAUACACGCACAGGGAGCGGCCUCUACCUGGGCCACUGUGAGCUUUGUGAAUGCAACGGGCACUCGGACAGCUGUCACCCAGAGACGGGAGCCUGCUCGCAAUGCCUACACCACACGGCUGGUGAAUUCUGUGAACUCUGUGCACCUGGCUACUAUGGUGAUGCCACUGCGGGGACUCCUGAAGACUGCCAGCCCUGUGCCUGCCCCCUCACCAACCCUGAGAACAUGUUCUCCCGGACAUGCGAGAGCCUUGGGUCUGGGGGCUACCGCUGCACAGCCUGUGAGCCUGGCUACGCUGGCCAAUACUGUGAACAGUGUGCCCCAGGCUAUGCGGGCAACCCCAGUGUUCGUGGAGGCCGCUGCCAGCCUCAAGCAGACCAGGCCCUGCUGGUAGUUCAGGUCCAUCCAGCCCGGAGCACAGUGCCCCAGGGUAGCUCCCACUCCCUCCGAUGCCAGGUCAGCGGGAGCCCCCCAUACUACUACUACUGGACCCGAGAAGAUGGACGGUCUAUCCCUAGCACCACCCAACAGCGUCAACAAGGCUCUGAGCUCCACUUCCCCAGCGUCCAGCCUUCCGACGCAGGCGUUUACAUCUGUACUUGCCGCAACCUUUACCAUGCCAACACCAGCAGGGCUGAGCUUCUGGUCACCGAGGCACCCACCAAGGCUAUCACAGUGACCGUGGAGGAGCAGACGAGCCAGAGCGUCCGAGUUGGGGCUGACGUCACCUUCAUCUGCACAGCCAAGAGCAAGUCUCCGGCCUACACGCUGGUGUGGACUCGCCUCCAUAAUGGGAAGCUGCCUUCACGAGCCAUGGACUUCAAUGGCAUCCUAACCAUCCGGGGCGUCCAGCCCAGCGACGCAGGCACCUAUGUGUGCACUGGCUCCAACAUGUUCGCCAUGGACCAGGGCACCGCCACGCUGCAUGUCCAGGCCUCUGGGAGCCCAUCACCACCUGUGGUUUCUAUCUACCCACCGCAGCUCACAGUGCAACCUGGCCAGCCGGCAGAGUUCCGCUGUAGUGCCACCGGGAACCCAGCGCCUAGCCUGGAAUGGUCAGGAGGUCCUGGGGGUCAGAUGCCCCGGAAGGCCUGGAUCCAUGGUGGUAUCCUACGCCUCCCAGCCACUGAGCUGUCUGACCAAGCCCAGUAUCUAUGCCGUGCUUCCAAUACUGCUGGACAGCAUGUAGCCAGAGCUGUCCUCCAUGUGCAUGGGGCUCGAACGUCCGAUGUCCAGCCACGCCCUGAGCAGACCCAGGUGCAGGAGGGCCACAUCGUGAGGCUGAAUUGUCAGGUGACUGGGAACCCACCCCACAGGAUCGUCUGGACUAAGGAGGGGGGAUCUUUACCAGCCAAGGCCCGUGUGGAGCACACCAUGCUCUUCAUCCCAGAUGCAACAGCUGCUGAUGCUGGUGUCUACGUGUGCAGUUCUAACACCCUCACUGGCAGUGCCCAGGCUCGCAUGGAAGUGGUGAUUGUUCCAGACUCAGGCGCUGUCCCUGCCAUGAGGAUUGAGUCAUCUUCUCCAUCAGUGACUGAAGGACAGACAGUGGAUCUGAACUGUGUGAUCACUGGUCAUGCCCAUGCCCAGGUCACAUGGCACCGGCGUGGUGGGAGCCUCCCUACUCGGCACCAGGUUCAUGGCACCCGACUGCGGCUAUAUCACCUGAUUCCAGCAGACUCAGGCACAUAUGUGUGCCGGUUUGAGGGCACCUCAGGCCACCAAGAAGCCUCCAUUGAUAUCUCUGUCUCCCAUGGGGGCAGUCCUGGCUCUGGAUACUCACAAGGCUCUGACACCAGCUUCCCCAUGAGGAUUGAGGUCUCCUCUACAGAAAUAACUGAAGGACAAACCGUGGAUCUGAAUUGUGUGGUCACUGGACAGGCCCACGCCCAAGUCACGUGGUAUAAGCGUGGUGGCAGUCUCCCUGUCCGGCGUCAGGACCAUGGAACCUGGCUACGGCUGUACCAGGUAACCCCAGCUGACUCCGGGGAGUACGUGUGCCGUGUGGUCCGAGACUCCCGUCCCCAUGAGGCCUCUCUCAUCAUCACCAUCCAACCUUCCCGCUCUAAUGAUGGCUCCAUCCCAGCCCCAGCCACUCCUGCACCCGUCCGGAUCGAAUCCUCAUCCCCAACAGUGGCCGAAGGGCAGACGGUAGACCUGAGCUGCGUGGUUGCUGGGCAGGCCCAUGCCCAGGUCACUUGGUACAAGCGAGGGGGCAGCCUCCCUGCCCGUCACCAGGUGCGUGGCUCCCGCCUGUACAUCUUCCACGCCACCCCAGCCGAUGCUGGUGAGUAUGUGUGUCGUGCGGCCAACGGCAUGGAGGCCUCCCUCACGGUCACAGUCACUGGAGGCCAGGGCGCCAGCUUCUCCUACCCCCCGGGUGUCACUCCUCCAAUCAAAAUUGAAUCCUCUUCCUCUACUGUUGCUGAGGGGCAGACCCUGGUUCUGAACUGUGUCGUGGCUGGGCAGGCCCAUGCCCAGGUCACUUGGUACAAGCGAGGAGGCAGCCUUCCAGCCAGGCACCAGGUCCAUGGCUCCCGGCUACAACUGCACCAAGUGUCUCCAGCUGACUCCGGAGAGUAUGUGUGCCGUGUGGUCAGCGGCUCUAGCCACCAUGAAGCCUCUGUUCUUGUCACCAUCGAACCUGAGGGCUCUUUGCAUGGCUCUGUCCAAGCCCAGGAUAUCACACCCCCAAUCAGGAUUGAGUCAUCUUCCUCAUCUGUGGCUGAAGGUCAGACCCUAGAUCUAAACUGCGUCAUCUCAGGGCAAGCCCAUGCCCAGGUUACAUGGUACAAGCGUGGCGGCACCCUCCCUGCCCGGCAUCAGGUCCAUGGCUCCCGGCUACGACUACAUCAGGUGUCCCCCGCUGACUCUGGAGAAUAUGUGUGCAGAGUGGUUGGAGGUUCCAACCCCCAGGAAACCUCUGUCCUUGUCACCAUUGAGCCUGAAGGCUCCAUCCCUGCCCAGGGCGUCACACCUCCAAUUAGGAUCGAAUCAUCCUCCUCGUCCGUGGCCGAAGGACAGACCAUCGAAUUGAACUGCAUCGUUGCCGGUCAGGCCCAUGCCCAGGUCUCAUGGUACAAGCGCGGGGGCAGCCUCCCAGCCAAGCACCAGGUCCAUGGCUCCCGGCUACAGCUAUACCAGGUGUCGCCAGCUGACUCCGGAGAGUAUGUGUGCCGGGUGGUCAGCAGCUCCGGCCACCAGGAAGCCUCUGUCCUUGUCACCAUUCAGGCCCAAGGUUCCAGCCAUGGUUCCAUCCCUGGCCUAGGAGUCACUCCCCCAGUGAGGAUUGAGUCUUCCUCUUCAUCCAUCACUGAAGGACAGACUUUUGAGCUAAACUGUCUGGUCUCUGGACAGACCCAUGCCCAGGUCACCUGGUACAAGCGAGGUGGCAGUCUCCCCGCCAGGCAUCAGGUCCAUGGCACCAGACUACGGCUGUCCCAGGUGUCACCAGAUGACUCAGGCGAGUAUGUGUGCAGGGUGAUUGGCAGCUCCGGCCCCCAGGAGGCCUCUGUCCUCAUCACCAUCCAGCAGCAGCGCCCUGGCCACUUCCACCCCCAGGGUGUUGUGUACCCCGUCCGAAUUGAGUCUUCCUCUUCCUCCCUGGCCAACGGACAGACCUUGGACCUCAACUGCUUGGUCACUAGUCAAGCCCCACAUACUAUCACGUGGUAUAAGCGUGGAGGCACUCUUCCUGCUCGCCAUCGGAUUGUGGGCUCCCGGCUGCGGAUCCCCCAGGUUACCCCUGCCGACUCUGGAGAAUAUGUAUGUCACGUCAGCAAUGGGGCCGGCUCACAGGAAUCUUCGCUCAUCGUCACCAUCCAGGGUGGUGGCUCCUCCCACUCCUCGGGCAUCACUCCUCCCAUCAGGAUUGAAUCUUCCUCCCCAGUGGUGAUGGAAGGACAGACCCUGGAUCUCAACUGUGUAGUCCCUGAGCAGAGCCAAGCCACAGUGACAUGGUACAAGAGAGGGGGCAGCCUGCCUGCCCGCCAUCAGGUUCAUGGCUCCCGUCUCCGGCUAAACCAGGUGUCAUCCGCUGAUUCUGGAGAGUACGUGUGCCGGGCUAACAACAACAUAGAGGCCCAGGAGACUUCCAUUGUGAUCUCUAUCCCCUCCAGCAGCCCCAGCAGCCCCUCCUCCCCAGGACAUACGUCACCUAUCAGGAUUGAAUCCUCUUCCUCAUCUGUAGCCGAAGGACAGACCUUGGACUUGAACUGUGUCAUUUCUGGACAGGCCCAUGCCCAGGUCAAAUGGUACAAGCGUGGGGGCAGCCUCCCAGCACAGCACCAGGUCCAUGGCUCCCAGCUGAGGCUUUAUCAGGUAUCGCCAGCUGACUCAGGCGAGUACGUGUGUCGGGUGAUUGGCGGCUCCAGAGUCCAAGAAGCCUCUGUCCUUGUCACCAUUGAGCCUGCUCACCCUAACUCUGGUUCUGUACCAGGCAUCAUCCCACCUAUCAGGAUUGAGUCCUCAUCUUCAUCUGUGGCCGAAGGACAGACUGUGGAUCUCAACUGUGUGGUGGCAGGACAGCCCCACGUCAGGGUCUCAUGGUACAGGCGCGGGGGCAGCCUCCCUGUCAAGCACCAGGUCCAUGGCUCCCGGCUACGGCUGUACCAGGCAUCUCCAGCUGACUCUGGCGAGUAUGUGUGCCGGGUGCUCAACGGUGCCAGCCCCCAAGAGACUUCUAUCCUGGUCACCAUCAGAGCUUCAGGCUCCAGCUCUGGCUCUGUCAUCCCCACUGCCGCCACAUUCAUACCUAUCAGGAUUGAGUCCUCAUCCCCAUCAGUGACAGAAGGGCACACGGUGGAUUUGACCUGUGUGGUCACUGGGCAGCCCCAUGCCCAAGUCACAUGGUAUAAGAGAGGGGGCACCCUCCCCACCCGACAUCAGGUCCAUGGCUCCCACCUGAGGCUGUACCAGGUGUCUCGGACUGACGCAGGCGAGUAUGUGUGCCGGGUGAUCGGUGUCUCUGGCCCUCCACAGGAGUCUUCAUUCACCAUCGCUGUGCUGCCCUCCACUACUACUGCUGAAUCCUACCGCCUUCAGAGCCCAGUCAUCUCCAUUGACCCACCAAGCGCCACUGUACAACAGGGCCAGGAUGCCACCUUCAAGUGUCUGAUCCACGAUGGGGCGGCCCCCAUCAGCAUUGAGUGGAAGAUGGCGAGAAACCAGGAGCUGGAAGACAAUGUGCAUCUCAGCCCCAAUGGCUCCAUCAUCACCAUUAUGGGUGCCCGGCCCAGCAACCAUGGCACCUACCGCUGCAUGGCCUCCAACCCCUAUGGUGUGGCCCAGAGUGUCGUCAGUCUGAGUGUGCAGGGACCGCCCACAGUGUCUGUGCUCCCUAAGGGCCCUGUGCAGGUGAAGCUUGGCAAAACUGUCUCCCUGGAGUGUGUUAGUGCUGGAGAGCCCCGACCUUCUGCCCGCUGGAUGCGCAUUGGGACACCCCUCAAGGUGGAUCACCAUCGGACUUUGGGGCCCAUGGACAGCCAUGCUGUGCUGCAGAUUACAGAGGCCCAACCAGAGGAUGCAGGCACCUAUGUCUGCUUGGCCCAGAAUGCUCUGGGCUCUGCUCAGGCUCGGGUGGAGGUGAGUGUAGAAACAGGCACAGCACCCAUGGGUGCCCCUGAGGUGCAUGUGGAAGAGGCAGAAAUGACAGUGGAAGCAGGGAAGACCGCCACCCUACGCUGCUCAGCUACAGGGAGCCCUCCUCCCACUGUGCAUUGGUCCAAGCUUCGGGCACCUCUGCCCUGGAAGCAUCAGCUGUCUGGCAACACCCUGAUCCUCCCUGAGGUUGCCCAACAAGACUCCGGCCAGUACAUCUGCAAUGCUACCAACUCAGCUGGGCAUGCUGAGGCCACUGUCAUCCUGCAUGUGGAGAGCCAUCCAUAUGCCACGACAAUCCCUGAAGAGGCCCUGGUAGGAGCAGGAGAAAUGGUACAGUUUCAGUGCCUGGCACACGGGACACCCCCACUCACCUUCCACUGGAGUCGGGUGAAUGGAAGCCUCCCCAGACGGGCAGCUGUUCGAGGGGACCUGCUGCGCAUCAACCCCACCUCCCCCGAGGACGCUGGCCAGUAUCAGUGCCUCGUCACCAACAAGGUGGGCUCUGCCCAGGCCUUCGCCCACCUCCGAAUCCAGGGUGCCCACCCUGCAGUCCCCUACCCGGCAGCUUCAGCUCCAGCCGUGCACAUCACACCUCAGCAGGAGACAAAGGGCAUCGGGGGCAGCGUCGAGUUCCACUGUGCUGUGGAUGGUGACUCGGGUGCCCAGAUCCACUGGUUCAAAGAAGGAGGGCAACUGCCACAGGGUCAUACUGUGCAAGAUGGGGUGCUUCGGAUCCAGAAUUUGGACCAGAGCUGCCAGGGGACAUAUAUUUGCCGUGCACAUGGGCCAUGGGGCCAGGCCCAGGCUAGCGCACAGCUAGUUGUUCAUGCUCUACCCUCUGUGCUCAUUAACAUCCGAACAUCAGUGCAGACCGUAGUAGUGGGUCACGCUGUGGAGUUUGAGUGCCUGGCCCUGGGUGACCCCAAGCCUCAUGUCACCUGGAGCAAAGUGGGAGGCCAGCUGCGCUCAGGCAUUGUGCAGAGUGGAGGCACCAUCAGGAUUGCCCGCGUGGAGCAGGCGGAUGCUGGGCAGUAUCGAUGCACCGCCACCAAUGCUGCAGGGACCACCCAGUCUCACGUGCUGCUGCUCGUGCAAGCUUUGCCCCAGAUCUCGGCCCCUCCCGAGGUCCGAGUGCCUGCUGGCUCUGCAGCCGUCUUCCCUUGCAUGGCUUCGGGCUUCCCGACUCCUGACAUCACCUGGACCAAGCUGGAGGGAGACCUUCCCCCAGACAGUCAUCAGGAGAACAAUGUGCUGACUCUGCCCUCCGUCCGGCCUCAAGAUGCUGGCACCUACAUCUGUACUGCUACCAACCGCCAGGGCAAAGUGAAAGCUUUUGCCCGCCUCCAGGUACCAGAGAGGGUGGUCCCUUACUUCACCCAGACCCCACACUCUUUCCUGCCUCUGCCUACCAUCAAGGAUGCCUACAGAAAGUUUGAAAUCCGAAUCAAUUUCAGGCCUGAUGCUGCGGAUGGCAUGCUGAUUUACAAUGGACAGAAGCAGAUCCCAGGGCCUGGGAGCCCUGUGAAUCUGGCAGCCAGGCAGCCUGACUUCAUCUCUUUUGGCCUGGUGGGCGGGAGGCCAGAAUUCCGGUUUGACGCUGGGUCUGGCAUGGCCACCAUCCGCCACCCCACCCCCUUGGCACUGGGCCAGUUCCACACAGUGACCCUGCUUCGUAACCUGACCCAGGGUACCCUGAUUGUGGGCAACCUGUCCCCUGUCAAUGGGACAUCCCAGGGCAAAUUCCAAGGCCUGGACCUGAAUGAGGAGCUCUACCUGGGCGGCUACCCAGACUAUGGUGCCAUCCCCAAGUCUGGUCUAAGCAGCGGCUUUAUAGGCUGCGUGCGGGAGCUUCGGAUCCAGGGUGAAGAAGUGAUUUUCCAGGAUCUCAACCUCACGGCCCACGGCAUCUCCCACUGCCCCACUUGCAAGGACAGGCCCUGCCAGAAUGGGGGGUUCUGCCAGGAUUCUGAGAGCAGCAGCUACGUGUGUUCCUGUCCCUCCGGCUUCACCGGGAGCCGCUGUGAACACUCGCAGGCCUUACAUUGUCACCCAGAGGCCUGUGGACCUGAUGCCACCUGUGUGAACCGCCCAGAUGGCCAGGGGUACUCUUGCCGCUGUCACUUGGGCCGCUUUGGGGAGAAGUGCAUGGAAGGGGUGACAGUGACUACACCAGCCCUGUCAGGUGCCGGUUCAUACCUGGCAUUACCUGCCCUCACCAACACCCACCACGAACUACGCCUGGACCUUGAGUUCAAGCCGCUGGCUCCUGAGGGACUCCUGCUCUUUAGUGGUGGGAAGGGCGCACCUGUUGAAGACUUUGUGUCCUUGGCAAUGGCUGGUGGGCACCUGGAAUUCCGCUAUGAGCUGGGUUCAGGGACAGCAGUGCUCCGGAGCACCCAACCCUUGACCCUCGGCCGCUGGCACCGUGUGUCUGCAGAGCGGCUCAAUAAAGAUGGCAGCCUCCGAGUAAACGGUGGGCGCCCAGUGCAGCGAUCCUCCCCUGGCAAAAGCCAAGGGCUCAAUCUGCACACUCUCCUCUACCUGGGUGGCGUGGAGCCUUCGGUGGCCAUGCCACCUGCUGUCAAUGUCAGUGCCCACUUCCACGGCUGUAUCGGCGAGGUGUCAGUCAAUGGGAAGCGGUUGGACAUGACCUACAGCUUCCUGGGCAGCCAUGGUGUAGGCCAGUGCUAUGAUAGUUCUCCUUGUGAGCGCCAGCCCUGCCAGAAUGGUGCCACCUGCAUGCCAGCCGGCGAGUAUGAGUUCCAGUGCCUGUGCCGUGAUGGUUUCAAAGGAGACCACUGUGAACAUGCAGAGAAUCCUUGCCUACUGCCAGAGCCCUGCCUUCAUGGAGGUACCUGCCAGGGUGCUCGUUGCCUCUGCCCACCUGGAUUCACUGGUCCUCGAUGUCAAAAAAGCCGAGGUCCUCCUGAAGCUGACUGGCACCUAGAGGGCAGUGGAGGCAAUGAUGCUCCCGGACAGUAUGGAGCCUAUUUCCAUGAUGGUGGUUACCUGUCAUUCCCAAGCCGUGUGUUCCCUCGGGGCCUCCCUGAUGUUCCAGAGACCAUCGAGUUGGAGGUCCGGACCAACACUCCUAAUGGCCUCCUGCUCUGGCAGGGCGUGGAGGCCAAAGAGGAAGGCAAGGACUUCGUCAGCCUGGGGCUACAAGAUGGGCAUCUUGUCUUCAGUUACCAGCUGGGCAGCGGUGAGACCCACAUCAUCUCUGACGAUCCCAUCAAUGACGGCGAAUGGCACAAAGUGACAGCCCUUAGAGAGGGCAGAAGUGGAUCCAUCCAGGUAGAUGGAGAGGAGCUGGUGAGUGGCCAAUCUCCAGGACCCAACGUGGCAGUCAACACCAAAGGCAGCAUCUACGUUGGUGGGGCUCCAGAUGCAGCAACACUCACUGCGGGCAGGUUUGAUGCGGGCAUCACAGGCUGCAUCAAGAACCUGGUGCUGCACUGUGCCAGCCCUGGUGGUCCUCCUCCUCAGCCCCUGGACCUGCAGCACCAUGUCCAAGCCGGUGCCAACACCCGCCCCUGCCCUUCCUAGGCGCCUAUGCAGACUCCUGGGCCACAUGCCCCUGGAUAGGACAAUAUUGAUGAUUAUAUUAUUAUUAUUAUUAUUAUUAUUAUUAUUAUUUUGUAAGAAACAAAGGCAACCAUCA